AUGUCGUGGCUCUUCGGUUCCUCCAGUGACAAAGCUGCCGCUCCUACCGAGCCCAAGGCCCAGCCUGCCCAGACUGAGAAGCCCAAGCCCUGCUGCGUCUGCAAAGACGAGAAGACCGCCCGCGAUGACUGCAUGCUUUUCUCCAAGUCCGAUGACCCCGCCAAGGAGUGCAAGUCCAUGAUCGAGCAAUACAAGGCCUGCAUGCUCGGCUAUGGCUUCAAGGUCUAG